CGCGUUUUUGUUCUAAAAAAUAUUGAUUCAAUUGUCUUCAUAUUCUCGCAUUGCACAAAGAGAAAUGUGUUUGAGUUUGAUCUAUUCUCCUCCCCAAAGACACUCGCAACGCUCGAACCAAUUUCUGCUCGGUUAGAAUUCCAUCAGUGGUUAAAGGGACCGGGGAUUGUGGAAACAAAGCAAAGGGAAACAGAGGAAUCUGAGGAACGAAGAUGGUGAAGGUUAGAAUGAACACGGCUGACGUGGCCGCUGAGGUGAAGUGCCUAAGAAGACUCAUAGGGAUGCGAUGCGCAAACGUUUACGACAUCUCUCCCAAAACUUAUCUUUUCAAGUUGAUGAAUAGCAGCGGAAUUACUGAGUCUGGGGAGAGUGAGAAGGUUUUGCUGCUGAUGGAAAGUGGUGUUAGGUUGCACACAACUGAAUAUGUGAGGGACAAAAAUACAACUCCUUCCGGAUUUACUCUUAAAUUACGUAAGCAUAUUCGAACAAGAAGGCUUGAAGACGUCCGCCAACUUGGAUAUGAUAGGAUCAUUCUUUUCCAGUUUGGAUUGGGUGGUAAUGCUCACUAUAUUAUUUUGGAGUUAUAUGCCCAAGGAAAUAUCCUUUUAACAGACUCCGAGUUUACUGUCAUGACACUUCUACGAUCACAUAGAGAUGAUGAUAAGGGACUGGCAAUCAUGUCACGCCACCGCUAUCCGAUUGAAGCUUGCCGUGUUUUUGAGAGGACUGACUUCACGAAAUUAAAAGCGUCUCUUACUCUCUGUAAAUCAUCAGAUGGUGCUGAAGAAUCUGACUUUACUGGAGGUGGUGCAGACUCAUCUAAUUUGUCAGAGCAGGUUAAGAAUAAUAACACCUGUAAUGUAUCAGGAAAGAGCAAGAAAGCUAAUGAUGGUGCUCGAUCUAACAAGACUUCUUUGAAAGCAAUUCUUGGUGAAGCAUUAAGCUAUGGUCCUGCGUUGGCUGAGCAUAUCAUAUUGGAUGCUGGUCUUUCACCAAGUAUGAAGGUUGGCGAUGGCAGUAAAAUUGAUGAGGGAACAGUUGAUAUUUUGGGGCAAGCUGUCACAAGGUUUGAAGAUUGGCUACAGGAUGUUAUAUCUGGUGCAAAAGUGCCGGAAGGUUAUAUUUUAAUGCAGAAUAAAAUUUCUGAUAAGAAGGGAUCUACAAAUCAGGAGUCUGCUGUGGACAAGAUUUAUGAUGAGUUUUGCCCCAUUUUGUUGAAUCAAUUCAAGUCACGAGAGUGCAUGAAAUUUGAAACAUUUGAUGCCGCAUUAGAUGAAUUUUAUAGUAAGAUCGAAAGCCAAAGAUCAGAACAGCAGCAGAGGUCAAAGGAGGGCUCGGCCAUGCAAAAGCUAAACAAGAUACGCUUGGAUCAGGAAAAUCGUGUACUUACCCUGAAGAAAGAAGUGGACCAUUCCAUUAAGAUGGCAGAAUUAAUUGAAUACAACUUGGAAGAUGUUGAUGCUGCCAUCUUAGCUGUUCGUGUUGCUCUUUCAAAAGGAAUGACUUGGGAUGACCUUGCACGUAUGGUGAAGGAAGAGAAGAAAGCUGGAAAUCCUAUUGCUGGUCUCAUUGAAAAACUCCAUCUUGAAAGAAAUUGCAUUACUUUGUUGCUGAGCAACAACUUGGAUGAAAUGGAUGAAGAUGAAAAAACUUGCCCUGUUGACAAGGUAGAAGUCGAUUUAGCACUAUCUGCUCAUGCAAAUGCUCGGUCUUGGUACGAACUUAAGAAAAAACAGGAGUUUAAACAAGAAAAAACUCUAACAGCACAUGAGAAAGCUUUCAAAGCAGCUGAGAAGAAGACACGUCUCCAGCUUGCUCAGGAAAAGACUGUUGCUGCAAUUUCUCACAUGCGCAAAGUUCACUGGUUUGAGAAAUUCAACUGGUUUAUCAGCAGUGAAAAUUUUUUAAUAAUUAGUGGUAGAGAUGCUCAACAGAAUGAGAUGAUAGUCAAGCGAUAUAUGUCAAAAGGAGAUAUAUAUGUGCAUGCAGAACUCCAUGGUGCUUCUAGUACCGUGAUCAAGAAUCAUAGGCCUGACAACCCUGUUCCACCUCUUACUUUAAAUCAAGCUGGAUGCUUUACUGUAUGUCACAGCCAGGCAUGGGACUCGAAGAUUGUUACCAGUGCUUGGUGGGUUUACCCUCAUCAAGUUAGCAAAACAGCUCCUACUGGAGAGUAUCUUACAGUGGGUAGCUUUAUGAUUCGUGGUAAAAAGAACUUUCUACCUCCCCACCCUCUUGUUAUGGGUUUUGGAAUUCUGUUUCGCUUGGACGAGAGCUCUUUGGGAUCUCAUUUAAAUGAAAGAAGGGUGCGGGGAGAAGAUGAAGGUGCCCCUGAGAUGGAAAGUGGAUCACAUAAGGAGAUUAGUGAGUCUGAUUCACUUGAAGAAAUUAUCAACGAGAUUAGAACAGAGGAGGGUGAUGCUCCAUCUAAGUUGGACACCGAUCAUCAUGUAGUUGAAAUAGGCUUUUAUGAUGAAACCGAUGCCAAAACUGAUGUGAUGACUACGGGGUUUCAAAUUUCUGACCAUUUGGAAAUAACGGUCAGAGAUGCAGAAGGCCACUCUAAUGACUUGCAUGAUGGAAAAAUCUUUGAUAUGGAUGAAAGAGGAAAAUAUUCUACUUCAUCUAAACUUGAUGAUAUCAUUGAUAAGGCUCUCGGUGUUGGACCUGCAAAACUAUUAGAUAAAGAUUCAGGAUUCACUAAUAAUCUCUCAAUUUUACGUGAGGAUCACGAGGGAAUCAAGAGUACAGGUCGAGAUAAGCCUUACAUGUCAAAGACAGAAAGACGAAAGUUGAAGAAAAACCAAAAAAGUGAAAACGAUGUAAUAAAUGACUUUUCUGAGCUUGAAGAAAAUGAUCAAUGUAGCACAUCGAGUACUCUGACAGACAAAAGCCAUCAGAAUCUGAAGCCAGCUAAUGCAAAGAUAGCUCGUGGGCAGAGGGCUAAACUCAAGAAGAUCAAGGAAAAGUAUGCAGAGCAGGAUGAGGAAGAGAGAGGAAUUCGCAUGGCUCUACUUGCGUCUGCAGGAAAUGCUCAGAAAAAGGAAAAAGGAACGAACGAUCGUGAUGGAGCUAUAGGCAAAUCAGCCAGAACAGUAGCCGCGCCAGACCAACGUGAUCCCUCCAAAAUUUGCUAUAAAUGUAAGAAGCCAGGUCAUCUUUCUCGGGAUUGUCCGGAACUUGAAGGUGGCCCAGCACUAACAACUGAAGGUGGCCCAGCGCUAACAACUGGGAGCAAACAUUCCAAUGGCAGUGUUGCUGAAUAUUCACAUACUGAAUUGGAUGGAGCUAUCAGUGAGAUGGACAAGAUUUCAAUGGAGGAGGAAGGCAUCAAUGAGCUUGGAGAGGAAGAGAAAGAAAAGCUAAAUGAUUUGGAUUAUUUGACUGGGACUCCACUCUCGAAUGAUAUAUUAUUAUACGCGGUACCUGUAUGUGCUCCUUACACUGCAUUGCAAUCAUACAAGUAUCGUGUCAAAAUAACUCCAGGUUCUGCAAAGAAAGGCAAAGCUGCAAAAGGCGCAAUGAAUCUUUUCUUUCAUAUGCAAGAAGUUACAAACCGUGAGAAAGAGCUGAUGAAAGCAUGCACUGAUGCUGAGCUGGUCGCUGCCAUAGUCGGCAAUGCGAAGAUCACAGCACCGGGCCUAACUCAGUUGAAGCAGAAAGAAAAGAAAGGGAAAAAGAUUACCAAGAAUGAUUUCUAGCAAUAUAUAAUUCACAUUUGAUUCCAAUACACUGAGAUUUUAAUAUUAAGCGGAUGGUAUGCCUUAAUUUUGCUAAGAACCCAGUGCCCGUUUUCUUGCUAGAAUUUUACCUUACACAGCACGGCAUCUUUAGCUUCAGGCCAUGUUAGAUUGAAAGAAGUUCUUAAAAAUAGAAAGGGAAAUUUCAUUUAAAGGAAUGUUGUCUUUUAUUUCUUUUGGAGUUCUGGUAAGGAAGUGGAGUUUUUCUCAUGUUUGAUUGUUAGACAAUGCAAAAUACAAAGUUCAUUGUUUUUAUAUGGAUAAUAUAUAUAAUGUAUUGAGAAUGAAGAGUUGAAGAUUGUAAUAAUAUCUAGUUAUAGAAGAUGAUUAUGCUUGUUGGGAUAAAACUUUUUCUUGUCAUUCAACUAUAAAUUUUGAUAUGAAGCAUGAAAUUCGAGACA